AUGGCUGCAACUGUUGUAAUCCCCGCUGAUGGCACUUGGUUCGACACCGUGAGGAGGUCUUUUGCAAACGUCCCGAUCGACAAAGAGAAUGACAAUGCUAUUUCGACAACCGAGUUCCUUGAAGCGGCUGAGUCUUUGGUGAUGCUAUUUGAUCUUCUCGGGUCCGUAGCGUUCACUCCCGUGAAGAACGAUUUGCUUGGAAAUAUCAAGAAAAUCCGCGACCGGCAGCUGGCUGCACCUGCAGAAUCAGAAACCCUUCAACAACUCGUUCUUAACGAGCUGAAAACUGGGAAGCCCGUAGCCUCUGGAGGCCUGCUAUGGUUACUUCGCGGCCUCGAUUUCACCGCCCAAGCCCUCCGACACAACCUCUCCAAGCCUGAUGACGAACUCUCCACCUCCUUCCGCGCUGCAUACGGCACAACACUGAAGCCACAUCAUAGCUGGGCCAUAAAACCUAUUUUCAGUGCAGCCAUGUCUGCAACUCCUUAUAGAAAAGACUUCUAUGCCAAACUUGGGCAAGACGCAGCCAAGGUCCAGGCUGCGAUGGAUACUGAGAUUGCCGCGUUAGAGGACGUGGUAAAAAUCCUCCAAGAUUUUUUGAAAAAGGUUGAUGUCAAGGGAUAG